AUGGCUCACCACGAACUCACCGGUUUUCAUCAGUCUCAGGCAGACCACUCUUUAUUUACUCUUAUCUCUCCCACUAGCAUCACCAUGGUUCUUGUUUAUGUUGAUGACAUCUUAGUUGUUGGCAAUGAUAUUUCUCAGAUUGAUGUUUUCAAACGCAUUCUAUCUACACAUUUCAAAACAAAGGAUCUUGGUUCUCUCAAAUACUUCCUUGGUCUUGAAGUUGCUCAUUCUCAGACCGGCAUUUUUCUCAACCAACACAAGUAUACUCUUGAUAUCCUGACUGAUAGUGGCCAACUUGUAUAUAUUCUCAGUCAGUUCAUGCAUGCUCCUCGUGAUCCACACAUGCAAGCUGCCAUUCGUGUUCUACGCUACAUCAAGGGCAAUCUUGGUCAAGGCAUUUUCUUCUCCUCCUCUAGUCCUUUACAUGUUACCUCUUACACCAACUCCGAUUGGGCCAGUUGUCCCACUACCCGCAGAUCCACCACAGGGUUCUUCAUUCAGCUUGGCACGAGCCCCAUUUCUUGGAGAACAAAAAUAAAGACGACAGUGGUCGUUCCUCCGCUGAAGCCGAAUAUCGCGCCAUGGCAGUCACUACUUGCAAACUCAUCUGGCUGA